ACAACGAACACGUUUCCUGGUCGUAAAGCAAUUACAAAUAAAGCAUUACAGGGCGCUUUCCGUCCUAACGGCACUGCAUAAAAGCUCUUCCACCACAUCCGUCUUCAGAAGCCUCCUCGCUGUAUCUUCCUAGUGUGUUGUCGAGAAAGAAAAUGGCCGAGCCCCGACGUCCCGCGUACCAGAUGGUGGACGGCAUGCGCGUCUCGGUCUCCUACAGUCCCGAGAGAAUUCGAGAGGCGCUCAAUUUCAGACCAAAGCCCGGAGACAUCGUGCUCGUGUCCUAUCCCAAGUGCGGCACGCACUGGGUGAAACAGAUCAUCCAACUUCUCCUGCACCGUGGCGAAUCCGCCCAGGACUACUGGCAGUUCCAGAAGCAGACGCCCUUCCUGGAGAUGGCGGGCACCAAGGUGCUGGAAGGCGCCCCAUCUCCCCGGGACAUGCUCACCCACCUGCCCUUUGACGAGAAACGCUUCAACAAGGACGCCAAGUACGUCUAUGUCAGUCGGAACCCCAAGGACUGCGCCGUCUCCUUCUACCACCACACCCGCAUGCUUCCAGAGUACCAGUUUGAAGACGGCGAAUUUUCGGACUUCCUCGACAUCUUCCUCAAGGGGGAAACGGAGUACGGGGAUUACUUCGACCACGUCUUGCCCUGGUACCAGCGCAGACACGAGCCGAACGUGUUUUUCGUCACGUACGAGCAACUCAAAAAGGACAUCAGGGCUGUCGUACUCAAACUCGCUUAUUUCCUCGGAGAGAAGUACGGCCGGAUGCUCGAACAGGACGAGCAGAUGUUCCGUCAGGUUCUGGCCAAGAGCGACGUCCAGUUCAUGAAAAAGCUCCUGGACGUCAACCCGGAGAAAAUCAAGGCCAGGGUUGAGAAGGAUCCGAACUCUGUUUCGGAAGGGUUCAAGGUGGCUAUGUUGGACAAGGCCGGCGGCGACAAGAGCCUCAAUUUCGUCCGAAAGGGACAAGUGGGAGACUGGAAAGGUCACUUCACGAAGGAGCAGUCAGAGCGGAUGCGGGCCAGAGUGGAGGAAAAAGUUCGCGGCUCGGACUUGAUGGAGCUCUGGAAGGAACACGAUUUGGGCUUCUAGGGCGUGUUUUUUUUAUUGUUUUUUUAUUUUAUUUUUUAUAUGCAAAAUUUUUUAAUCGAAUUCUUUUUUUUUCUGAAAGCGAAUAAAUUUGUUGAAUUCAAGCA